CCACUCCGACCCAGUAAGAGGCGGUAUGCACCUUUUUUGUGUAAGUCUUUCCAAUUGAAACCCAAAGAAGAAAUUGCAUAGUUCUAAGCUAGCAAUCACCCUCUUGUAUUAAUUAAUUGUAUUAAUAGCUCACCCGACUACCAAAUACAGUUUUGCGUAAAGCUCGAUUCCACAAGUGAAUUCAAGCAUGGAUUUUAAAAUACGCGCCGCUAAACAGGAGGACUGCAAAGAAAUAUCAAGGAUGAUAAUAGAAUUGGCUGUGUUUGAGAAGAUGCAGGAUCAGGUCAAGAUAUCCACCCAAGAGUUGGAGCGCGAUGGGUUCUGCAGCAAUCCUCGCUUUGAAUGUCAAGUGGCAGAAGUUUCUGAAGAGCACAAGUCAUCCCAAGGAUACACCGUUGUUGGGUUCGUCCUUUACUACUACACCUAUAGCACAUGGAUGGGGCCGACUGUGUUCAUGGAGGACCUGUAUGUGAUGCCAGAAUACCGAGGAAAAGGCAUUGGCAAGGGUUUAAUGAGCAAAGUGGCACAGGUGGGGAAAGAGAAGCAGUGUACUAGGCUUCAGCUGGCGGUGCUGGACUGGAACACCCGGUCGCUGGACUUCUACAUCAUGAAGGGCGCUCGGGACAUGACCGCGAGUGAAGGCUGGCACGCCUUAAGGUUUGACGGGGAAGCUCUGGAUAAACUGGCCGCAGAAGCCCCCAAAGAUUAGAAAUCAGAUCUAGACACAAAUUGAGAUGGCGCCACUAUAAUUGCUCACCAUUUUCCAGCUCCCACUAGACUUUCUACCUUGUUUUUCACACUUUAUUUUUUUGCGUUGGUAAAUAUUGUCCAUAAUACCUGGCAUGUACGAUACGGUUAUACUGUACUUUAUUGUCAUAGCAAGUCUGAAAUUUAACUUGCAUCCCAGCAGCUCUAUUUACAAACAUCACAGACAAUACAUCAGGAUACAGGACAUCAAAAACGGGACAUCAAUACAGGACCCACAAAUACAAUUAACAUACAUACAAUCAUCAUAACAUUGCAACAACGGAAGACAAAAUUUAAUGGGAGUUCAAGCUUUGGUUAUUCGUAAGGUUUCCAAACAAUUAUCCAAAUAUAUAUACAGUGAAGAAAAAACAGAAAGUCUAUUCAUAGUGAGAAUAAUUUACUGCCUUUUAAAUGUAGCAAGAGGAGACCACUGCUGCAUAAUCAAGUUUGUAUCAACUGAUUAUAUUUGUUUGUAUGAAGUGGAAUUAAUUGGUUAAACAAAUGUGUCUUUUUAAUAAAGCAAAACAACAAGAUCACGUCA